CUGUGUCCAGUGUGCAAUAGCGUAAGAAACCUGAGUUGGUCGGGCUAGAUUUCUCAGUGGACACUCCUAGGAUUCAAACGCUCCCUUAACACAACACCGUCUUCUUUCAAGCGGGCCACAAUGCAUCCUAACCCUCAAGGACGUGAAGCCUUCACAGGACCACAUCUGGAUGUGUGACUCAUCCCCAGUGGACCUGCACUUUUGCUGAAUUCUGUAAAUUUCCAUUGGUAUGACUGAGGGGCAACAAAUGGAGUCUCAAAAUCAAUCUUUUCAGGAUGACCCUGAUAUCAAGGUGAUGACGGCAGGAUCGACCCUGAGGAAGGUUAAGUCCCGAACAUGGAAGAAGCAGCGACAUUUCCGACUCCUGGACGACGGUCUGAGUAUAUGGUACAAGUCCCGAUGGGUUGGGAAAGGCCACUCCACUUUCUCAGUGAGUGAGGUAGAAGCUGUGCGUGAGGGCCACCAGUCGGAGGUCUUGCUGAGCAUCGCGGAGGAGUUCUCUGCUGACCUCUGUUUUACCUUGGUGUUUCACGGUCGCCAAGGCAACCUAGACCUUGUGGCUGAGUCCCCAGGAGAGGCACAGGCCUGGAUCCGGGGUUUGCGUAAGCUCAUUAACAAGGCUCAAACUAUGGAUGAGAAACAGAGGCUUGAUCAGUGGGUCCGGGACUGGUUUCACAAAGCUGACAAAAACAAAGAUGGGAAGAUGAACUUCAAAGAAGUGCGGACACUGUUGAAGAUGAUGAAUGUAGACAUGAAUGACGAGCAUGCCUUCCAUCUCUUCACGAUGGCUGACCAAUCAGAAAGUGGCUCUUUGGAAUCUGAGCAGUUUGUCCUCUUCUAUAAGAUGCUGACCCAGAGGGAUGAAGUGUGGAGGGUGUUCCAGGACUACUCUGGAAAUGGAGAAAAGCUAAUAUUGGAGGAGCUGGAGAGCUUCUUGAAGGUGGAGCAACAGGAGGGAGACGGCAGCACCCGACAUGCUCGAGAGCUGAUUGACCGCUAUGAACCGUCUGAAGCAGCCAAGAAGCAAGGUAUCAUGUCCUUAGAAGGCUUCCAGAUGUACCUGUGCUCCCAGGAGGGCUCUAUAUUCAGACCAGAGCAUCUGGGCAUCUACCAGGACAUGAGCCAGCCACUUAGCCACUACUUCAUCUCCUCCUCACAUAAUACGUACCUGCUGGAGGACCAGCUGCGGGGCCAGAGCAGCCUGGAAGCAUACAUCCAGGCACUGAAGAGAGGCUGUCGUUGUGUGGAAGUGGACUGUUGGGAUGGCAGUGAUGGGGAGCCAGUGGUGUAUCACGGUCACACUCUGACAUCCAAGAUCCUUUUCAAAGACAUCAUCGUAACACUCAAAGAAUAUGCAUUCAUGACAUCAGACCUUCCAGUCAUCUUGUCCGUUGAGAACCACUGUGGUGUGGAACAACAGACAAUAAUGGCCAGGCACCUUCGCCAAAUCUUAGGUGACACACUAUUGAGGAACAUUUUGGAUGGACAGGCACCUCAGCAUCUCCCUUCUCCACAGGAACUGAAAGGAAAGAUUUUGUUGAAAGCCAAGAAAAUCGGUGGUCAUCUUGAUGAAACUCUGGCAGAUAUUAGUGAUGAAGAGGAUAUGGCCAACGGCAGUGCUGAGAAGCGCUCUGUCGAAGACCUAUCCGCACCUGAGGAUUUGAACCACAGCGAGAAGGUCAUCGCUCAGAAAUCCGAGUCCAACCUGUCAAGAGAGUUGUCCGAUUUGGUGGUUUACUGCAAGAGUGUCCAUUUUCGUGGUUUUAAACGUGCUCCUCUGAAUUUGAAAUGCAAUGAGAUGUCUUCAUUCUCCGAGUCCAAGGCCAAGAGGCUUGCAAAGGAAGCAGGAACAGACUUUGUGCAGCAUAAUUCAGUACAGCUAAGCAGGAUUUACCCUAGUGGCCUCAGGACUGACUCCUCUAACUAUAAUCCUCAGGAGAUGUGGAACGUGGGAUGCCAAAUAGUGGCACUGAACUUCCAGACAGCAGGUUUGGAAAUGGACCUGAACGACGGGCUUUUUAGACAGAAUGGCCGCUGUGGUUAUGUACUCAAGCCUGGCUUCAUGAGAGACAUUAACACCAAGUUCAACCCAGAGAAACCAGAGGAGCAGCCAGGCUACAAACCAUUACGCUUAUCCAUACAGGUGAUUAGUGGGCAGCAGCUACCAAAGGUGAACCAGAAAGAGGGCUCCAUCGUAGACCCUUUGGUCAGAGUGGAGGUCUAUGGAGUGCCACAGGACCAGGCUAAAGACGAGACCAGUCACAUUAACAACAAUGGUUUUAACCCUGUGUGGAAUCAAACUUUGAAUUUUGUCAUCCAUACUCCUGAUCUGGCUCUGGUUCGCUUUGUGGUUGAAGAUUAUGACAAGACAUCCAAAAAUGAUUUCAUUGGACAGUACACCCUUCCAUUUACAUGUAUCCAAUCAGGAUAUCGUCACAUCCAUCUGCUUUCCAGAGAUGGAACAGCCAUCCCUCCGUCUUCAUUGUUUGUUAAUAUCAGUAUCUCGGACCUCACAUGAAGAACUUGAGUAUGUGUUUGUUGUCACCACUCCAACAUCUCCAACAUGAAGGAGGGGAGAUCAGGAAGCACUGGUGUAAUCAUCUGACCUUGGGAAAGUGCUUUGGGAUGUCAUAAUCGGAAUCCAUCUAUCCGUACACUUUGAACAGCUUUUCCUGUUCAGGGUCGCUAGAACUGGAACCUAUCACUGACUUUGGGCAAACACCCUGGACUGGUCGCCAGUUGUUCGUACGGCACACAGUGACAGACAACCAUGUAUACGUCACUGAGUGGGGACUGAAUCCUCAUCGCCUGCACACAAGUCAGGCGAGUCAACCACUCAACUCAUAAUAGGCGGUUUCCACAAAUAAAAGAAUGUUGCCUAAGGCAGUGAUUCCCAACUGGCACAUUAGGAUGCCAUGUGAAAUGUUCAAAUUUCACUAAAUUGGUCCAAACAUUAUUCUUAAUUUACUACAAAUAAUGUAUCUUCGUUCAUCUAUCUCUGCCAGUGACGAAGAGUGACAGGCAGAACAAUUAGUACUCCUCCAAGAACUCUUCUUCUCGAUAGUAGAAGGUACAGAAUUGACCUGUGUAUCCACCUGGUGACAUUCGUACAUUUUUGUUAAGUAGUGUGCCGUUAGUUUUCUCUAAUAUAAAACAUGUGCCUUGGCUGAACUGGGAAACACUGCCCUACGGAAUUUUUUAUUUGAUUUUCAAACAGCGACUUCAAACCAUUGGUUAAAGGGAACAAUCUUCAGUACUUGAUGCUAGACUGUAAGUUUUGUCACGGAAGAGAAAACUAACUGUAAAUGUAAAUUUUGCAUCUCAUUUUUCAACCACUUUGUUUAUUAGCGCAAUACCAGUUAUCUAUCGGACGAACGGUAUUCCCUUGCUUGAGCAUGUACAAGGCAAACAUGCCUGUUUUGCCUUUCAAUAUACAUCCAACAUUCUGAUUGGAAAAAAAGAAAUGGAAUGUACAAAAACAGACAAACAUCCUCCUUUGAACCCACAAUGUACUAGAUUGCACAAGUUAUUUUAUUUACUGACUUGAUAUAUGCUUGCUAUAGCCUUAACAUAUAAACAAAUGAUGUAAAUGUGAAUGUUCAUGACUGCUGAGUAGUAUUGUUAUGCAGCAAAAAUGAUUUCGUGUUCAGGCAUUCACUGCAAAUACAGAAUAAGUGAUGACAAGGUGGCUCAUUUUUACUACUGCAAUAAGAUGAAGUGGCUCAUUAUUAAUAUUUAAGAUACUGUACCGCUGUGAUGGUCUUCAGUCAUUUUUCUUCCUCCUCUGCCCCACUACUCUGUCAUUCAGUGUUCCUUCCAAAGCCUCCUUCAGAGUGAGGCUGCCAGCUUCUGAGUCUCUUACCACCCCUUGCUCCGCUGGCAUGUCUGGGUGGUGCCGCUGUAAAUGCUUGAUGACUUGGAACUUUUGCUUGGCCCUGUAGGAACAAUGGCAACAGCGAAAAGGUUGCUGUUGGGUGUGUGAGAGGAAGUGAUGUCUGAGGCCGGCUGGCCACCGGAAGGCCUUUUGACACAAGCCACAAGUGUACGAGCGUUGGUCACUGUGCUGCCGCUGGUGAGUCUUCAGUAUAAAACUUGUCUUGAAAGCUUUGCCGCAUUUCUCACAGACGUAGGAGCGCACAUCGCAGUGCUGCGUAUUCUGGUGGGCACGGAGGGCAUCGGCUCGGUUGGUGCGGUAGCUACACUGAUCGCAGGCAUAUGGCUUCUCACCUACAGUGGACCAUAAAUGAAUAACAUUCUCAACAAUGAACCUGCAUACAAAUGUGUUGAAUGACCACAAGUAUUUUUCACAAGCAUUUUCCAAGUUAUAGCUUUAAACGCCUGAUUUUGUGGGAGGUUUUUCCCCAAUUUCUUUUUCAUUAUUCAGCCAUAACAAAGUACACCAGUAUUCCUAAAGGAAAAUACAUAAAUAAAAUGUUAUUUCAGCCUUCAUGUGACAAAAAAAUAAAGGGAAAAAAAUGUUGUUUAAAGUGUUAAGUGCAAAGAACCAUCAAUUAUGCUGAAGACAACAAAAUGCUCUGAAGGACAGACUAUAGAAAUGACACUUAUACAAGCUGUACAUUGACUGUUCUAAACUAUAUCCCAAGCUUCCUUUCUACAGUAUAGUAUUCUCCUUUGAAAAGAUAUAUUGUAAUAAAAUGGCUGAAAUGUGAGGGGUGUACAGUUGUCCCUUGCCACUUUGCGGUUUGAAUUUCGCGGCUUCACUCUACCUCG